GCGGGGCCCUCCCCCAGAAGAUGGCGAGUCCGUGCGGGCGGCAGGAAUGCUCCAUUGAGAGGCGCGGCUUCCGCCACCAGCUCGACUCGUGGCGACACAAGCUCAUUCACUGUGUAGGGUUUGAAAGUAUUCUAGAAGGGCUGUUUGGACCUGGAUUAUUAAAAGAUCUCAGUUUGUUUAAAGACUGUGAGCCCGAAGGUGUUUCUGAUUGGUCUUUUGAUGAAAAUUGUCUUUUCUGCUGCUUGAGAAGAGAAAAAGUGAAGGAACACCUACUCAGUCUGGAUGAGCCAGCUUCAGAAGCUGGGCAAGAAGCUCUGCUUAGACAAGAGCAAGCAAAAAUCAUUCGGUUUGAGAGGCAAGCAGAAGAGUUCCUCAAUGCAGUCUUUUACAGAAAAGACAGUCCUGGGGUCUCUGACCCCAAUAUUCCCCUAGUGGCCCGGGAGAUCAUGCAGCGAAUGAUCCGACAGUUUGCUGCUGAAUAUACCUCAAAAAAUAGCUCUACUCAGGACUCCAGCCAGCCCAAUAGCACAAAGAACCAAAGCCUGCUGAAAGCAUCUCUGGUCGCCUCCUCUCCCACGGCUGCAACUGCUCAGAACCCUGUGCUCAGCAAACUUCUCAUGGCUGACCAAGACUCGCCUCUGGACCUUACUGUCAGAAAGUCUCAGUCAGAACCUAGUGAACAAGACGGAGUGCUUGAUUUGUCCACUAAGAAAAGUCCUUGUGCCGGCAGCACCUCUCUGAGCCAUUCUCCAGCCAGCUCCAGUACUGCAGGGAAUGGUGAGGAUACAGCGGAGACAAUAGCAAUAGAUCCUAACAAUCAGCCGAAGUCUCCCCUGGAAAAGUUUAUGGUCAGACUGUGUACACAUCACCAGAAGCAAUUCAUUCGUGUGCUAAACGACAUAUACACGGAAGCACAGCCAGGCUGCGAGGGCCGGCCGUUACCUGAAUCUGAAAACAUGGAUGCAGCCACUUGCAGCUCUGGUUGUAGCCAGCAAAGCACUGAAAAUUGGAAGAAGUCUGCUCCCUGUUCUGAAUUGAAGCCCCUAACUUCCUCAGACUCAGACAGAGACCCAGUGGGUCUUCAUAGCCCUCUACGUGCUGCAGGACAACCCGUGGAGCAUCAUGCAGAGGUGAAAUCCAUGGACAGGAUGGAGAAUUUCAGUACUGCUUUCAAAAGAGACUUCUCUGAACUCUCCACUACUAGAAGUAGUUCUGUUAGUCCAAAGGAUAGUUCCACCCAAGGAUACCUCACCACUUCGAACUCUUCCUCACUCCACUUCCAUCCUGGCACCAGGAGCCCGGAAGGACAAACCACUGGACAGGAGCAAGAGGCUGGUGUCAGAAAGUGUGAGGAUGACAAAGACCAGAUCCAAGGCAAGACCUUAGCAGACAGCUACAUUGCUGUAAAAGUGGCCCAUGUGAACGGCAGUGAGGACAGCUCAGACAGCUGCCUGGGGUCUCAGAAGAACUCUUUCAAAGCUUUACCAGAAGAGGGUUGGGAUUCAGGGUUUCCAGUGAACUCUCCUAGAAGAGCUGACAAAGAGAACGCUUUACAGUGCAGCUCCAAAGCAUCUUUGCACCAGGAUUUAGAAACAAACGAAGAAGAUGCAAGACCAAAGCAAGAAAACCAUCUCCAUGCCCUGGGAAAGACUAAGGGGGGCUACCACACCCAUCCUGGCGACAAGAAUCCAUGUGAGCAUUCCAAAGACGGAUGGGUGGCCUCUGCACCAGUGCCAGUGAUACACAAAGCCUCCAGUGGGCGCUCAAGAGCGAAGACAGGGUCCUCAUCCGUCAAAACAGCUCGGAAGAAUAAACGGGCAUCGGGACUGAGAAUAAAUGACUAUGACAACCAGUGUGACGUUGUCUAUAUCAGCCAGCCAAUAACUGAAUGCCACCUGGAGAGCCAGCGGUCAGUGUCCCGGAAGACAGCUCGGAAGAGCACCCGCGGGUAUUAUUUCAAUGGCGAGUGCUGUGAGCUGCCCACUGUCCGCACGCUGGUGAAAAGCUCCCGAGUGGGGGAGAGAGGAAACGGUCCAGCACGGAGGACGGAAGCAUUACUGAGCGCUAAGCAGAGCUCGGCGCUCUCUGGGGGCGAGCCUUCGGAGGCAGCCCAAGCUGUGGGGAAAGAGGCUGACAAAAGAGCGUCCCUCAGGCUCCUGUCCAAAGGCGCCCCCCCCAGCAGAGAAGCUAACGAGAGAGCAGAAAAGGAGCCCAGCGAGGGCGGCUUGCUGAAGUCAAGAGAAGCUGCUUGUACUGAGCCACUGCUGGCUCUGUCUGCUCCCCCCUGCCCUGACAAUGCACCAGAAGGCGGCUCGGCCACCACACAGCCUCUAGCCAUCGGCCCCUCUGCCGCUGAAGGAAGCGAGGAGAGGAUGUGCCAGCUGCUGGAAGAGGCGGAGGCAAAUGUUCUCCAGCAAGCUAGCAGCGGUGCUGACCUCGCUGGGGACUGUGGGCCCACAGAAGACAGCAGCAGGGAGGCUACAGAUUCAACAGCUCUUUCUCCACCAGAAGCUGCUAGUAGGGAGGAAGGUUCUCCAUGCUCAGAAAUACAAGCUGUUCCGGCGCCUCCUGCUGGCCUGGACCCGGCGCCUCCUGCCAGCCUGGACCCAACUCCUCCUUUGCAGCUCCCCACCACCAUGGACCUAGUGCUUCCUACCAGUGCAGACCUGGUGCUCCAUGCAGAGCCUCCUGCCAGCAUGGACCCUGAGCCGCCUGCUGGAGUAGACCUGGAGCUGGCUGGGGCACUUCCUGGAGAGCCCCCAACUAGUACAGACCCGGAGCUUCCUGCCAUGACCCCUGCCAGCAUGGACCCGGAGACUCCCAUGCAGCCCCCUGCAAGUUUGGAGGCCGAGCCCCUUGCUAGCUUGCAGUCUGCCGAUGUGACCGAAAGCAUUCCUGCUGACCCAGAAGCUGACGUAAGGGAGGUGUGGGAAGGCCCACCUGAGCCAGGGGAGGCCAUGCCGACUCUCGCAGAACUCAGUGGAAUCUUGGCAGGCGAGACUGCCCCAGAGAGCAGCAGGCUGGGUGAGAGAGAGAACGGCGAUGGUGAAAUGCCACCAGGACCUGACACUUCAGAAACGGAUGGUAAAGGGACCGUCUUGUCCAAAGAAAACCCAGAGAAGAAGCAAAAGAAAGGCAGGAGAGCGCUCGUAGCAUCAGACCGGCGUCUCCGCAGCCAGCAAUCCCAGCCACCCACGGAAGGCAGUGCUGAAAAGUCUGGUUCUUCCACCUCUCUGCAGCUUCCCUGUCUUCAGAUUAAGCUUUCUAAAAGUCCCGGUGCAAAGCGGUUUAGGAGGGAGGUGCACCUUGACGGAGCAGCAUCCGUGUGCUUCCCAAAGGAUUGCUUCCACAAAACACUGCUGAAGAACAUCCAGGGCCCAGGCACCGGGAGUGCCCUUGAGAGAGAGCCCGUGCAGCGGGGAGGAGACGAAAAUGGCAUUACUACUAGGCAAACCUAUAAAAGCAUGUUGGCAAAAGAGGGUGCAGCGGAGAGAGAAGGGUCAUCGAAAGAUGGCCCCCCUGCUAAAGCCAGCCAUAGUAAGUCAGGGGAGAUGCUUGAGAUCUGUGUAGAGGCUAAUUCUGAUAAGAGAAGUGUUCUCCUUCCUAGGGAAAGUGGAACAAGUGUACAGGACGCAGAGCAAUCGGGUGAGAAACCAGGUGAUGUGGAGAACCCAGACAAUGCUGUAGAUGCUGGAAAGGUACAGUAUAAAGAUCUGACUGAUUCGCCUACAGGUCCCAGUAGUAAAAGUGGAAGCAAACACGUCCCAUCCAAGUCUUGGAAGCAUAAAAAGUUGGCCCUCCCAGUUUACAACUUGAGACACACCCCUACACCUGUGGACACUGCAAAAAAGAAUCUUCCAGGGAAGGACGUUCUGCAAGCCAAUCCAAACCAGAAGGAAGAACACAGUUCAGGGAACAAAGCCACCAUAGAUUUGAAGGAGGUGGACACAGUGGCUGAGGACAAACCAAAGUUUGUGGAGUGGUGUGCUGAGGAAGAGAAUCAGGAACUUAUUGCUGACUUUAAUGCCCAGUAUAUGAAAGUUCAGAGAGGCUGGAUUCAGUUGGAAAAAGAAGCGCAGCCAGCCGCCAGAGUAAAGAACAAAGCUGACAAGCUGAAGGAGAUUUGGAAAAGCAAGAAAAGAACCCGGAAAUGUAGAGCGUCUCUCGAAGUUCAGAAGCUCUCCCCUGUCCAGAUGCUGUUUAUGAAGGCCUUCAAGUUAUCCAACAUUUGCCGUUGGUUCUUGGAGACAACUGAAACCAGGUCACUAGUCAUUGUGAAGAAACUCAAUACCCGUCUCCCAGGAGAUGUCCCCCCCAUCAAGAUCCCUCUGCAGAAGUAUUGUUCUUCCAGCCUGUAUCCCAGCUCACUGCAAGCUGAACGCUUGAAAAAACACCUCAAGAAAUUUGCUGCAACUACCCCUGCUAAAAAUAACUUGAAGAAUCAAAAGUUAUGGGCCAGGCUCCGGGAGAACGCUGACAGUACGGAGCCCGGGGAAGCCGCCAGUCCCAACCAGACGUCUCCUUGUGAGGCUAGCUCAGAAGAAGCUGGUGAAGACAGAAACAUGCAGCCCCCUCCAAGUCUGCCAACGCAGGCCAGCACUAGGAUUCUGCGGAAAUACUCCAAUCUGAGGGGCAAACUGCGAGCCCAGCACCGCCUGGCAAAGAAUGAAAGAAAGGGGGAGAGUGCAGCUGAUCAUCCCUCAGUGGAAAGUAAGCAGAGCCGGAAGAGCGUCUGCAUCAACCCGCUGAUGUCUCCAAAGCUGGCCUUGCAGGUCAAAGCCGAUGUGUUUCCUGCGAAGUCCGUGCGAGCGGAAGCAGCAGUGAAGGGAAGAAAAGGGAAAAUCAGGUCCCAGGAGGACUCCUUGCCCAGAGCUGACCCUCAGCCAGGCAGAAAGAAGAGAACGCUGCGAGAGAGCAGCACGGUGCCAGAGCCGUCUCGCUCCUCCAGCACAGACAGGCUGCCAGCUAAGAAGGGCAGCAAAGGAAAACAUUCCGAGGUUCCCCCGAAAGCGCCUGCUACCAGAAAGCAGGCUGUCCUGGAAAGAAGCAGUAAGCUCGAGAAAAAGGUGUCUUCGAAAGAGAAGAGAGUCCCGAAAAGGCACCUUGGCAAAGGCAGACUCCCCCUCCCGAAAGUCAGAGAGAACCCCGCCCAAAGAGCUGCACCCCCGCCCAGCCGGGACGGGCUCACCAAAUCUGCGAAGCCGAAACCCGCGGGGGAGCCCUCUACCAGGUCACAGAAAGCAGCCGACAAGAAGCCUAGCAGUGGGAAAACUCUGACCAGGUCUAUGAAGAAAAUUCAAGAGAGCAGCACGUCCCAGGGCAAGAGAAAGUUAAGGGCAAAAGUUGACUGUUCACACAGCAAGCGAACACGACUGGAUGCAAAAUAACAAAGAAUGGUAGCCAUGUAAAAACUGUUGUAUAGUAGUAACCCUUGAUCAUGCAUUAACUGAAGCUGCUUUUAUAAGCUGUAGCAAGCCUUUCAAAAUCCGCAGUUAAAGGAUUACACCCAGGAUUUUAGGCAUCGGAAGGUGUGUCUCGGACAGAGAGGAGAGCUGUCUGUCUCUGCUGUUGAGGGAAGUUACUGCAAUUUGAACGUUCCUUGGGUUUUAAGCUUGGAACCAGGCAGUUUUAGUUAAAAGUACAGUGCCUUAUUUAUCAUUUUUAAACAAAUAAAUAACAAAGCUAGUCUGUGUGAUUUAAAGGCUUGCAUUUUAUACUUGAUGCACAAGCACUUGUACUGUAGCAGAAAGGAAACCACCUUCAUGCACAUAAAGUAGCUUUCAGCAGCCUUUUGAGGGGCGUUCCCCCUUUGCAUUAAACAUCCGGACUGUGUGUUUGUGAGUGACAUGGGAAGCAAAACCAAAAGCAUUUUUCUUGUAGGCAGAGAAGGAAGGGGUAAUUGGUCAUUACUCCGUUCAUUAGCAGCAGGUGGUGGGCAGGUAACUGUUAAAGAUAUGAAUUGUUGGCCACUUGCGUGUAAUUUAUGGUCUUUAGGGUUAGACAGCUAUUUCUGCUCUCCUGCUUCUUAAGCCUUGAGGUAGCGUGGUCUGAUCCAAACCGACGUGGCAAAGGGGUUACUGCUUGGGCUAUUGGCGCUAGUUCUGUAGCAUCUACAGCUGUUUGCAGGCACAGCGGGCUAGGUUCAUCCUUGGGGAUGUCCAUUACGUUAGGGAUGAAUUGGUCCCACUGUGCCUUACUGUUGGGCAGAACGCCCUCUCCAAUCAGCCUUUUGUUCAUAGCACCUGGAUCCAUGUGGAUUUCUGCUUUCUCGGACAGUAGCUUUUCACUAAUAAUCGGGUAUCUUCCUUCCUGUGAAAAGCCAGGGCAGAUUUCCACUCGUUAUUUAGUCAGUCUGUGUGAAAGGGAAAUGUGUAGCCUCCCCACGUUGUCUCCCCUCUCCCCUCCCCCCACAGAACACCUGUAUUUUAAGGCAAAAUUCUUAAUGUCGUCUUUGAAUAAUGCUGAGAUCUAAAGUAUCUGAUUCUUUUUUUAUUAACUUCAAUCUCAUUUUCAAAUAAAGUGAAGCUGUUUUGGUUCCUGC